AACUAGGCGUGGGCCUGGGUGGAUGGAAAAUCAAGCAGCUAUUAACAAGGGGAUGGUCGCGGAUAGGGGAUUUCUUUGUCAUUAUGGACUGAUCUUACACACUGGAGUCAUCGUUCGGAACUCAUCCUCAGCUGUACCUUUUUGUGAUUGAUGAUUUUCUGAUUUCUCUUUGCAUUUCAACAAUAACGGUUGAAAGUAUGAACUGACUUUGUGGAUUCAUUAAGUUAGAACGCUCUGUGUUACAUGAAACAUGAAGGAGCUGUUUAAGAUGUUGAAAUAGAAAAUAAGCGCACCAUAUGCUGAAAAAGCAAGGAAUAAUCUUUAAAACUGAACCAGAUGAGUGGAUUCUUACUUAUAAUCUAGGGAAUCUUACCAUUCUUAAAAGGACAUCAAAAAACUUGAUUUUUGUGGAUAUUAUUAUUAAUACUGUCUUGACUUUUGUCUGGAGGAAGUUUCAAAUGUUGAUGUGACCUCAUUUCAAGAAGAAUAGUUUAUCUGUGGAUCAACCAAAGAAUUGAAUGGGCCUCAGUUCCAUCUUAUGGAUAAAGCUCUUAAUCUGAGUCUUAAUCCAUCAUAAACCGUCGUUCUGUCACUAUAAUUGUGAUAUGUCUAUUUGGCAUGAGAACUUGUGUGAUUAUGUAGACUCGUACAGGAUUGGUAUUUCUGCAGUAUUUUUGUCUUCAUGCAUGUUUCUGUUAUUGAAAUUCUCUGAAAGAAAUAGGUAUUUAUCAGUUCGUACUGAAGAAUCUGAUACAUCAUACAGUGAUUUGGUAUUCUUGACAUGGAUAUUAUAAGUCUGCUGGCUGGUCAGUUGUUAAUCGUAGGAUACUUCUGAAAUUUGCUUGGAUUUUGCCAUAAAUCAUUUCUAAAUUUCUACAGCAUCAACCGACUCUUUGACCUGAAUCAGGAUUAACUUUGGAUUAAUCAAUGCCAUUCUUUCUGUCUUGCGACUGUUGAUCUCUUUCUUGUGAUUUUUCCUUUUUGGAUAACAAUUAUCAGAGAUUGUGACUAUCCAUUCACAAUUACCGGGAAAGGAAUAUUACCACAUUAAAACUUCAUCUACAUGUACAGUGUAGGAGGUACCUGAGAGUUUAGUAUUUCAAGAGGAAUACACCCCCCCCCCCCCCCUCAUCAGGAUGCCGCUAAGAUUGAAGAAAGGAUGGAAUUGGCGUACAGCCAAGCUUUCUCUCUGGAUGCUUGACAUUCUUCGUAAAGAUGAUGAUGACGGUCGCAAGGGUAAGAGUAAAGCGUCCCAGGAGAUAGCAUUACAGAAUGAGGCCUCUACAAUACCAGAGGAAGUUCGUGCACACUCCAUUGUUGAGUUGGAGAGAGCGCCUGGAGUAGGAUUCGGUUUGACAAUCUCAGGUGGUAUAGACAAAGAUGGCCGACCCAGAGUUACCAACAUGCGUCCAGGGGGCGUGGCCCAUCGCAGUGAUGUACUUCAGACUGGAGAUUUCAUCACAUCAGUCAACAAUGUGAAGACUGUUACACUGCGACAUGACGAGGUCAUCACUCUCUUGAAGAAUGUGGGCAAUAAGGUCUCUCUGGAGAUAGAGUAUGAGCUCCCUGUAUAUACUCCCUUGAGCCCAUCAACAGGGUAUUCUAAGACUCUGGACAUCAGAUUGACCAGAGAAGACGGUAGCUAUGGAUUCACCAUCAGGGGCGGAGUCAAUGCAAACAGCUCAAAGACACGCCCACUGGUUGUCACGCAUAUCAGACCGGGUGGACCAGGUGAUAGGGAGGGGUCGUUGAAGGUUGGUGAUAGAUUGGUAGCCGUGGAGACAACGAACCUGGGUCAGGCCUCUCAUAUGGAAGCACUCAACAUCAUUAGGCAAGGAGGCAACAGCGCUGUGCUGAGAUUUGAAUAUGAUGUCUCUAUCAUGGAGGCAGUGAAGAAUGCCACAGGUCCAUUACUGGUAGAGGUCUCCAAAACCCCUGGUGCACAUCUAGGUGUGGGACUAAGCUCAAUUCCAAGGAAUGGAAAGGCAGUAAUAAUCAUAGACAACCUGAAGCCUGCCAGUAUAGCAGAUAGAUGUGGUGCCCUUCAUAUUGGUGAUGAGAUAUUGACCAUUGACGGAUUGACCACUACUCACAUGGGUGUAGCCGAAGCCAUGAAGCUUUUAGCGUCCGGUACAGAGCAGGUCAAGCUAGAGAUACUACCGGUCAGUCAGAUGACCCCUAGAUUGACCUACUCGAGAGAUAUGCAGAAAUUGGGAGGUCAACCAUCACGAUCAACAACCCCCUUGAUGCCAGGGUAUAGCCAUAGUAGCCUGUCUAGGGUAGGAACAAUGAACUCUCAGAACACAAGGCAACAGAGCAGUACCUUGGCACGUAAACUCAGAUCGAAGGGACAUAAGACAGGAUCGAUGUUAUCCCUUGCAUCAACCAUCAAUGGCCUAUCAUCACCCCAAGUAUGCCACACAGACUCUGUUGAUGUAACCCUAUACUCAAGGACAGGUGACUACGGUAUACAGCUACAGAGUGGUGUCUUUGCUACAGAGAUCCUAGGCUCUCCUGCUGUCGUUGGAUUCGUAGAACCAGGAGGAAAGGCUGAAAAGAGUGGUGUAAUGCAGCCUGGUGACCGUUUGAUUGCUAUCAAUGGUAGCUACACAGAAGAUAUGACAGCAGACGAAGCUAAUCAUAUCUUGAGGGAAAGUGCACCACAGGUCACAUUGGAAAUAGAGUUUGAUAUUGCAGAGUCUGUUGUACCUAGCAGUGGUGUCUUCAAUGUCAAGUUACCUGUCAGUGAGAUGGGUCUUGGUAUAACACUUACAAGUCUUAAACACAGAAGGCUAGGUGAUGGGCUUCUUAUAUCAACAGUGAAGAAGGGCAGUGUAGCAAACAGGAGUGGUACGUUAGAACCAGGUGAUCAAGUUCUUGCCAUAGAUGACAUCCAUUUAGACAGUAUUACAGUAGAAGAAGCCAUGCAUCUAUUGGCUCAGGCAGAUGAAAUCGUCAAACUCAAGGUCAAGAAGAAUGAGGCUUAUUCAGAUGAGCCUGAUGUAAGCGGUGCAAUAUCCUACUCGGUGGAGCUAGUCAGACAUGGUGGUCCGCUGGGUAUCACAAUCUCAGGAACGGAAGAACCCUUUGAUCCUGUAAUUAUCUCUGGACUCACAGAGAAUGGUCUAGCUGAGAGGACUGGUGCUAUCCACUUGGGCGACCGUCUACUAGCCAUCAAUGGUGUCUCGCUGAAGGGCAAGACACUGUCUGAAGCUAUCCGUCUCCUGCAGUCUGCUGGAGACACGGUGGUCCUCAAGAUCAGCAAGAAGGAGAAGCACCGGGGACAUGACCAGGGCAACAAACCAUCAUCAAGAAGCCAGAGCCCUAGUAGGUUUAGUAGAGUAGCUACACACUACGACGCAGACCACAUCGCAACGCCGGUCAUGAUCCAGACCAAUGGAGACUCAUGGGAAGGCUCGGGUAUGGAUACCGGUUACCAUAGCAACCACACGCAUCACUCUCGUUCCCACUCCCCGAAGACCAGCCGCUCCCGACGCAGCAGCAUGUCUCCUUCAAGACGAAGCAACCGCCCUAGGAGGGUGCACAACUCGUCACACUCCACGUCACCCAAUGAUGCCAGUGAAGAUGAGCUUGAUGAGCGGCGAAGGGCUUUCGUCAAUGGUGCCAAUGGAUCAUAUCCAGUCGACAUCCUGAGCUCAGAUCAAGACGACAGUUACGCCCACUCUCAGCAUAGUUACCAUCCUCACGAAGCACAGAUCGCCAAGCACAGAGAGUUUCUACGUCAACUGGAAGCUAGUUUCCUCAACACCGAUCAGUUCACGUCGAGCGAGAUGCGACGGGCCGGUAGCGUCGGUCAUGGCUACUAUCUCAACCAACCGGGCACGGUCGGGGGACGUAAACCAAGCACGAGCUCUCUUCAGAUGUACAGUGACUCCUCUCAUAGCUACACUCUACCGCCCCAUGCUCCUACGGGUGGGGGUGGGGGUGGAUACAACCAGUUUGAGAGCUUCAGCUCCAAGAGUGAGAGUGUGAACACCACGCAUCAGAACGUCAUGAAUCAGAACGAUGCCUCACACCUGGGAGAUGAGUCUACGGUAUCGGAGGCACCGAACCCUGCACCGGUGGAGCUCCACAAGGUGUCUCUGAAGAAGGACAGUGAUGUAGAGGACUUUGGAUUCAGUGUGUCCGAUGGCAUAUCAGACAAGGGUGUGUUUGUGAACACUGUGAGACCUGGUGGACCAGCUUCACGCAGUGGCAAUGUCAAGCCUUUUGAUAGGAUACUCCAGAUCAACCAGACGCGGACCCAUGACUUUGAUUGCUGCAUGGUAGUACCGCUCAUCGCUGACUCUGGUAACAAGCUGGAGUUGGUCAUCAGUCGUAACCCGAUGGCCAAGCACCAGAACGGUGGUGGUGAUGAGGAAGGGUCGUGGUCCGGUGUAGAGAACGGUCAUUUCGUUCAGAUGCAACCUGCUGCCGCGGCACAAUUCUAAACUGGACACAGUUCUAAUCUGCAAGACACUGCAAGAAAAGUAUUAGAAACUUUUUUGAGGGAGAAGGGGGGGGGGGGUACGGUUGAUAUGAUAAUUGACAAUAGCCUAAAAAGGGCUUUAAAUGAUGACAUACAUAGUCCUCAAUAAAUCGUAAUUGGCUUCCUUUGAUCUAUGCAACUCAUACAUUUUUACUGUUAAAAGUAAACUUACUUCAAGUUAAACUUCCUAAUGUUAAUCUUGACAUACAAUCAAACCUGUCUAUUGAGGCCACCCAUAGAGAUAGUGACCACUGUAGACAGGUGGCCUUUCUAGACAGGUUCUACAAGUACAACACACAUUUCUUUCAUGAGGGAGACAAAACACAUGACCACUACAGACAAGUGUCCUUCAUAGAGCAAUGACCACUAAUUAAGAUGGAUUAGACUGUAUUUCUGAUAACGUUAAAGAUAACUGAAACUGUAAAAUUGGUCUAAGUAGAAAAGAUAUUGGAUAGCAAUCUUUCACACUGAUUUGUGCUAGGGAGCUUUCAAGGUGGAAUUUGUUGGUCUCAAUACCUUUUCUACAUAGAUUUUUUUAGUUACUGUAGUACGGAUUACCACCUAAUCUAAAUUAUUGCCUAUUUGUUUAUACAACAAAAUAGAACUCUAAAUUAAAAGGGAUCAGAUUACAGAAUUUAUUUGUCUGAUUUUUUUUACUUAAGAAGCCAGAUGAGUGAGCGGUUUGGUAAUGUAGUUGUUCAUAAUUUCUAUUGAUAUUCCAAAAAUAUAAUGGUGCCAUUUUACAAUUAUGCAAAUUCAUCUCAAAUAUAUUUUUGGCUAACUCUCCAUACUUGUAAUAUAACAGAAUGUAUCAAAAAUAUGCCAGAUCUUAAUUUUGUAAGAAAAAAAAAUGAUUUGGUAUAUUACUACAUCUUGCCUCUGUUAGUCGCCUGUAAAUAUGAUUAUUUUUGCUAUGAGAAAAGACUCAUGUCAAAGUUAUCUACAUAUCUUAUUCUGAUUAUUGCUGCAGGUGAUCUUAUCGUGCAGGAAUUCAGUUCUGUGUGCAUUACAUUCUAUAUCUCAGUAUAUCUGUAUAUAUUUAUUUAUGAUUUACCGUUCAUUUCAGUCUGAGUCUGUACAUUGCGGAAUAAACUGUUUAGCUACAUUGUACAUGUUAUUGAGAGACAAAAUAUGGGAAAGAAUGAUCAGUUUUAUGUUGGUGGGAAAAAAUAUUAAGUGAACUCAUUGUCAUUUUUAAAUCUGCUAUACUUGCAAGUUAAUGUGAAGUUAAGGUUCUGUGGUCAACUCAAAGUUUAUUAUCCCCCAAAAUAAUGAUAAAUGCAAGUAUUUCUGUCAAUAUAAUUUAUAUAAUUCAUUAGACAACAUCUCCUUAGAAAUGGCAAAAAACUUAGGAUUCUCUGAUACAACUCCUUUUCUCUUAAAACCGUAUGAACUAUAAAGGGGCUAUUUAUUAAAGCUCCAUGUAAUUGGCCUUAUUGAUAAUGACAUUUUGUAAGACAGCAUUUGCUAGUGGCCUCUUACUGAAAAUUGUGUAAAUUUAAUGAAAUGUUAGGUAAACAAACAUGGUGCUAACUUUAGUGUAUAAAUGACAAAAGUAAGAUGUUAAAAUUGCAUAUAUUCUGUCCUUCAGUGAUCUAUUGUAUUGUUCAUAUUACCAUUCUUACCUUUCUUCAUUUUUCUUUCCUGUCACCCCCCCCCCCCCCCCUUUUUUUCUAUUUCUCUUUUGCAUUUGGUCAGAAGUAUUAUGGAUACCAUUUUUAAGGUUGUUUCAUGAAUAUCAUGUGGUUUUUGUGGUUGUCUCAUAAGCCCUUCUGAUGUAAGAGAUUUUAUAAGGGCAUCUUAUGGCUAAUGGAUGGGCAAAUGCAUGACACAAUUUAUAACUGUAUGUUCAUAUAUUCUUCCAGUCAUAACAUGUUAUCACAUUCAUUGUCAAAACAUUGAAUUCAAUAUCAAUGUAAUUUAAAAUUUCGGUGGAUUUUAUGAUCAAUUUGAUUUGUAAGAGGAUAAGAAGCAAACUGAAAUUUUUAGAUAUUUAAAAUGUGAAUGAUAUAUAAUAUUGUUAAAUAAUUUGUUUUUUGUGUUGCUCUUUUGUGAGAAAUGACAAGUUCUAAAUGCUUUGAUAGAUUAUGCUUUGUUGAAUUUGAUUGUUUGAUGAGGUUGACAAGGGAAAAGAAUUUUUUCUUCUUUUCGUGCAUUCAUUUUUUUCUCAUAUGAACAUUUUCUUCAAUUAUAGUAGUGUAUGAUUUAUCAUAUCAAAUUUUACAUCUUUCAUUAUAUUCAAUUGACAAAUUUUGGAAAGAGAUAUGACACACUAUAAAAUGAAAAAAACGGGGAAAAUGUAAACAAUUCUGGAAUAAGCAUCAAUGAUAACACGGAUGCUUUCUUUAUAGUGGCACAAUACUUUAUCAGUCAAAUAUGGUGUGUCCUUUCAUAGAUAUCUAGACCCAAGAUGAAAUUCAGUUUGCUUGGCCACUACAUACUUGCCCAAAACAUCCCUUCAAAUAACUAGAACUGAUGAAUGUGAGAACAAAGCUAAAGAGAUCCUACAAAAUGUAAAUGAAUGGAAAAUGAAUUUUUGGGAAGGGUUCUUGUUACAGAGGUACAGGCUAGGUUUGACUGACUGUUCAACUUUUUUUGGUAUUUAUUCAUAUGAUUUACCGGUAGGUUUGAAAUGAAAAUUAAAAAGAAUCAUUUGAGGUAAAUGUUAAGGGCAAGUCAUUAAAAAAAGCAGUUGAUUAUCAUUUCUGUUUACUUGUAACCAAAGAAUUUGUUGCUGAAUGGUUUUGUAAAAAUGUGCAUGUAUGCACGUUUGUCUUGAUUGUAGACCAUAGUUGUUGCAAGGAAACAUAUCUUGACAGUAUUAUGGUUGUUAUGCAAUGAACUUUGUCAAACUCAGAGACUGCUAAAUUAUUACUUUUACAGGAUAUUACAUUGUCUUUCACUGAGAGGGGAUU